AUGUGGCAGAACAACUGGUAUUACUCUGAGUCUAGCUGCUCAGGGAGAAAGUACUACUUCUCCAGGAAUGUUCCCCAUCCUAGGAUGGUCUAUCACAUGCCAGGGUUGAACAACACUCAGGUCUGUGUUGUGAGAAACAGAGUUUUACACAAAUACCCGUCUGCUGGCAAAACAGCCAUCCCCAAGCAAGACGCUGAUGAAGAGCUUGCUGUAACCAGGAACGCCACAGGCAAUGCAACUGCCAGCUGCUACAGUCCAAGCCUUGAGACCCUCGAGCAAGGGGAGCCAGGCACUUCCUGGCCCAUGACAGAAGGACGUACAGAUGUGCCUGAAGGGAUUCAAAAUGAGACUACUUCAUCUGAAAAGCUUCGGAGAAAACAAUUCCGAGACUCUGCACAACUUGCAACUGGGCAGAAAAUCCACAGGGCGUCUGUCAGCCAGCCUUCUACUCCAUUCAUCAACUCGCAACGUGGCCCUGGUGUCCAGGAGAAGGGGAAGUCUUACCUGAACUACCUGGAACAGGAUAUAAAGGUGCUGAAAAAACUUGGCAAAGUUUUACAGACAGAUUCGCUUACUAAGAUCCAACAAUGGUUCGCAAGUGCAAGUAAAAAAGAGAAAGAUUUCGUGAUCAGUCAGAUUUACACAAAAGUGCCUGAUGAAGGUGUCCUGAACUAUAAGGAAGGUACAGCAGAGAACAUGGAUAUCCAGAGUCUGCUGAAGCUUCAGACUGGUCCAGAAGGGGACAUGAAUCGGUCCAGGUAA